AUGAGUCGCUCGAAGGAAACCUAUGGCACCGACGAUGCCACCCUCGCGGAUUCGUGCAGUGCUUAUCAGACCACAAUGACUGAGAGCAAGUCUCUUGGUUCAGUUCCUUCGAACAGAGACGGCUCCUGCCGCCUUUAUCAUAUAUAUCACACACUCUUCCGCUACGAUUAUAACGUCCACAAUGCCAACAAGGAACAGCUAUAUCACGUCCGCAAUUCCACGUGGACACCAAAGAAACCCGAUCUCAGCGUUCAUGCAGGCAAUAGUGCAGAAGCACCGGUGCUCGCAGUCUGCAAAUUCCUGCAUUUCUCGAGGCAUUUCAAAGUCGGAUUGGGAAAUCCUGAAACACCGAAUUCAGUCGACUGGGAAGAUCUCGUGUCUCUCAGCCACCUUCAUGCAAGAUAUCGGUUUCAAAUGUCUCUCCACUCCGAGUAUGGGGUAGAACGGCGAGCAUUCAUUUGGAAGAGCACGCAUUCGGUAGGAGUUGGGGAUACAAAGCCUUCGAUGUUUUCCUGGCGCAACUACAAGCUUGUUGAUGAGGCGACUGAUCAGCUUGUUGCCGUGUUUACGAGCAGCCUUUGGGGCUGUAAGAAAUCUGGGAAGCUUGAGAUCUAUGAAAAUUAUGGGCAGGAAUUCGAGCUGAUGGUCAUCAUCACUGCUCUUGCUCUGUGUGAGAAACAACGGCGACGAGACAGUAGAUCCUCAGGAGGAGGAGGCGGCGGCGGCGGUGGCGGCGGCUGA